UUUGAUUCCGUAAAAAUUCACCGAUCAUGGCUAAAACCAAGAAAAAUAUACGAGCCAAGGCUAAAGGAGCUGUGGGCGUGGCCAAGCAGAAGGCGCAGGAUGUGCAGGCGCAGCUGAACAAGUCGGAGCGCCAGGAGCGACUGCUGCACAAGACCCUCACGCCCAAGAAGACAACAACAAAGAAGGAGAAAUCAGCACUCAAGCACAAGAAACUGCUGCAGCGCUUCGCCGACUCAAGGAAGGAGCGCAAGAAUGUCCAGUCUAGCAAGAAGAAACCCGCCGUUGGGGAUCUGAAGCCUCUGCGCGAUGCCCUGCCCUCGCUCUCGGACCUCUACAAGCUGGUGAAGAGCAAGUCGAAGGAUGCCGCCGAGCAGACGGCUCUCACCGAGCCCGAGGUGCCGCUAAGCGUCAAGCAGAAGAUUAAAAAGAAGCGCGCUGAUAUUGUGAACCGCGCCAAGUCCUUUGAGAAGCUCGUCAAGGACAAGCACUUCAAGGAGAACCCCCGUGGCGUGAUUGGAUCUCUGGUGCGCAACAAGUACCGAACGAUGGAGGAAGACAAUGAAUAGACUGGAAUACGUAUCCACCAAAAGUGCCUGAUCCCAGAGGAAAGACAUCGCUUUGCACUUUCGAUUUAUUUAUUAAUUAAGAUUUAUCAUUAAUGUAUAUGCAUUAGGUAUAGUUUUAUCAUUUAUCAUUAACGACAAUGCAUAUAAAUAUUACACAUACGAAUGUAAGUUGUAAGCAAUUAAUUUUUAAACGUAGACGGUCAACAUAACGCAAUUUUAAUUCGAAAAGAUUGAAUGUGUGUUGUGUUUUGUAGUGUAGUGUAGUCUGGGUGUUCCACCUCUAAUGGGGAACAGAACAGUGUCUCGGGGCUAUGUCUAGAGCUACAAUUACAUCAAAGAAUGGUUUAUAUACUCGUAAAUCUGUUUAGGUUGGUGUUUUCUUCUGUUUGUUUCUUCUUACAGUGUUACAUCUACGUUAUGGUUAUUGUUUUAUUAGCGGGUGUGCCGGCUCCUUACUGUGAGAUCAUUAAACGCUAGACAAACACACCAAUCA